AUGGUCUUGCUGACCAAGUGGCGGCUCCGCGCCAUCCAGGACCACAGCCAGAGUUGGUUGCAAGAUGCUCUGAACUUCCCAUCGGAGUCGACAGACGGCCGCUCAGGCGCACAUACUCGCCCUGUCAUUCCCAGAGUGACAACAGCAUCAGCAUCAGCGUCAAACUUCGGCACUCCGGCCGAGGAAAGUGUGAUCGGCGCCACCCUGAAGGGACGGGGCCGAUUUUCCCCUGAGAUGUACAUCAAUCGUUUCCUGCAGAUUUUCCUGUUUGUGAUCUCCUACACGUUCUCACGGUCUGUCGUCGAGUUCAACGCAUGGACGAGGCACUUCGAGUUCACGCUUCUACUCGCUGCCGGAUUUGUGAUCCUCUACCUGCUACUUCUGUAUCUGCUGCCAUCCUACGUGCCAGUGUUCUUGCAGCUCAUGGCGCUACCCCCGUUUCUAGAUGAUGACAACUUGAAAGUGUUUCUGAGCGUAUUGGACGAUGAUUUUGCAAUGCGAUAUGUUGUGCAUGAUGACCAUUCCAGCAGACGUCGAGCAAGCACCUCGUCCUCUCUGCAAGGACACCAAGGAGCUUCUCCACAUGGUGUCAGACGUCGAGUGAGCAGCUCGUCUUCCUUGGCAGGAGUUUCAUCUUCACUGACGGCAUUUCGAUUGCCCAGGGCGGCUUCUGGUCACAUGUCGGCGCGGAAUGACACCCUGGUCGUCGUUUCAGAGCUUGUCAGCAUCCUUGAGUCUUGUGACGAUGUCCGCGAUCUUCGCGGACUGCGCGAGAUUCUGCGGCGCCAGCUGCCAGACGAUGUCUCUUUGCCAGCACCGUCUCCGUCCCCGUCCCCACCGGCGGACGUGGACGUCCCAAUUAUUGUGGAGCCUUGGCCGGAUGCUGACCAGAAAGGAGAGCGCGUGACGGCGACUCAGGCAGUCAUGGCGGGGCGAACCGGGCUGCACUAUGAGUGUCAAGAGUUUCCGAUGGCAACUGAAGAGCUGAUCCUGAGCUGGUUCCCAAAAGGUGUCAAGGUCGUGCAGGCCCGCGAUCCAGGAACCACUGGCAAUUUCGAAAUCACUGUGAAUGGAAGGUUGGUCCAUUCCAAGAAGACCCAAAGUCAGGGCUUCUUUGAAGCAGCUCCCCAGGCUCGUCAAGAUGCGGUGAAAGCCGAGAUUGCCAAAGAAGUUGAGGUCCUCGGGGACGCAGCACCCACAUCGACGGGUGACUUCAAGGAUGGAAAAGAGACUCCAAAAGGAGGAUGCGCCAUCCAAUAA